AUGGACCCGUUCUCGGCAAAAAUGGUGGCCGCUGCGGCGGGCUCGACCAUCACCGCUUUGACGAUGACUCCGUUCGACGUAGUGAAGACACGAUUGCAGACGCCGCGCCCAUCGCCAUCUGUGAGUGUGCCCGCGCCCGGUGUAUGCUGUCAGCCGGCGAGCGCCAACGUUCCUUGUGUCCGCGGCGCACCCAAGCUUCCCCAGCCGCGACACAUGUCCUCGCUUGCCGCCUCGGCCUCGGCUUCAAGAACGCUGUCCGAACAGGUCGUGUGCGUGUGGGAAGGGAACGUGUUCAGGAGAGAACGCGUCAACGGAUUUUAUGACGCCGUCAAGCAUGUCUGGAGGGCGGAGGGCAUGAGGGGCCUGUGGAAGGGCGCCGGGACUUCACUUGUAAUAGGAGUACCGUCGUCAACAGCGUACAUGCUCACAUACGACUACCUCGUCCGCGAAGCUCUACCACCCCUCUUUGCCUCGUCCUCAACACCGACCCAACAAUCCGCCUACAUCCCCCUCACAUCUGGCAUGCUCGCACGAACAGCCAUCUCAUCCAUAAUGUCGCCCCUUGAGCUUGUGCGGACGAACUUACAAUCCACACCACCGUCGGAACAUACGCCACAUACUCUGCGUUCCGUACUAGCAUCUGUGCGAACGCUCGUGGCCGAACACGGGCCAAGAUAUCUCUGGCGAGGUUUGGGGCCGACAUUAUCGAGAGAUGUACCAUUCAGUGGGGUAUAUUGGGCCGGAUACGAACAAUGCAAACGACGGUUAGAGCGGGUCGGUUACAGUGGCGCUCCCGUGGCGUUCGCAUCAGGCGCAUGUAGUGGCAUAUUCGCAGCUUUGCUUACCGGACCACUCGACACGCUCAAAACACGGCAGCAGGCCUUUGUCGCAAGUGCAGGGAAGCCGCAGAUGGCGUUGGCUUUGGCGAGGGACAUCGUCCGAACGGAGGGUGUAGGAGCAUUAUAUGCUGGACUUGGACCUCGAAUAGCGAAGAUCGCGCCGGCGUGCGGGAUCAUGAUCGCUUGUUUCGAGGGAUUUGGAAGGGCUCUUGCCAGGAAGGAACCAUAG